AUGCAAAAUAUAAAACGUUUGCAUAAAAUGGGUCUUUCAGUAUUAACUGGCUUAUUCUAUUCUUUAUUACCAUUAGUAUUACUCAUCGGUACUAUAUUUCGAUUUAGUAUCAUAUCUAUCAUAUACGGUUUUCUUCUACUCGCUUUACCAUGGUUAGGACCGUUAACAGAAUCAUCAAUAAGAGUUCGUUAUCGUUUAUUUAUAUUUAUUAUUUUAUUAGUUAGUUCAUUAAUAUUAAUUGCUCAAAUAAUAUUCCAGUCAGUAUUAUUAGCGAAAAAACCUUAUGGACAUAUAUUAAUAGAUUGCUCAGAGACAGUAAAAGUUCUACGUUUAUUCGGCUUAGAACGUUUGGAUAAUUCAGAUGCCAUUCGUAUUCUAAGACUUAUAUUUCCUGAUAUAAUCAUAUUUACUGUUUCAAUCAUUUGUUUGUAUACUAUUCGUCGUAUAUUAAUAUCUGCUCAAAAUAAUCAACCACCAACGACUGAAGCAUCAACUCCCACACGUAAUUCACAUACGAUUACAUCUUCAAAACAAAGAUUACAAACAAAAUGGCCACGUUUAUUAUCAAUUUUAAAAUAUAUACGUUUACUCAUACAAUUCAUCCUUGUUGGAUUUGCCGCUAUUAUUUAUCCGUCAAUACUUAAUUCAGUUUAUUUUCUAUUUUUUCUUACUAUUGCUACAUUAUGGGCUUGCUCAAUUAAAUUCGGAAAAAAAUAUAUGAUAUUUAGAAGUUUAUUGUUAUUAUAUGCUGGCGUGCAUUUAUUUCUCUAUUAUCUUUAUCAAUUUGGUUUUUUUCAAGAAAUUUUCCCACAAAACACAGUAUGGACAAAUAUAACGGGUUUUACAGCAUUAGUUACGAGUAAUUGCUCAACGAAUGAACCUCAUUUACAACAUCAUUUACCAUGGUCCGAUUAUACUAAUCCAGCUGCUGUACUCUUACUCUACUUUUAUUUCGCAUUUGAAACGUCACGUACAAUUUUUAGACGGACAAAUACUAUCACUAUCCCCGGUGAUUAUCCUUCUUCAUCGCCUGACAUACAAGAAAGAAGAGUUCCGACAACAGCAACAACAACAACAAUGGCAGGAGAAAUUGUAGAUGGUGGUCAUUCUGAUGAACUACCGCCUUCACGAGGACCACAACGCUAUCGUCUAUCUCAUACGUGGACCAUCGAGCGUACUGAUGAUCAAACAUGGCAAGGAAAAAUUGUCCACCUUAUUAUAUCUGCUUUACGUGUACUCCAAAAACAAAGUUAUCUAUUAUCAUUAAUAGCCAUGCUGGCAUGGAGUAUAACCUACCAUAGUUUGUUAACAUUAGUAUUUUUAUUAUGGGCAUGUUUCAUUUGGAUGUUGCCUCGAUCACGUCUAUGGUGUUUACGAUUGUCACCAUUUUUUACGUUCUACGGUACCGCAUUAUUGAUUUUACAAUAUUUAUGUGGUUUCAAAAUAAGUUUUCAACAAUUACAUUUUGGUCGUAAUGAAUCGUCUAUACAACAAAUUGGCAUUAUAAUUAGUGAUUUUCAAUCAACAUUCACUGACUUACUUGCCAAAACGUUUUAUUUGAUGUUUUUUUGGUUAACAUUACGACAAUUCGUUUCAGUAAUUAGAAAUCCAAAAACUACAGAAGAGCAACAAACAGAACGAGGUCGUUUAUCAAGUGAUUCAAGUACACGUUCUUAUUCUCGACGAUUAGGUCAUUGGAUUGUUGAUUUACUGACAAAAUAUUGGAUAUUUCUUUCGUGUGGUAUGCUGUUGUUGAUGAGUCUCCAACAAACGGUUGUGGGUUAUAGAAUUGUUUAUAUGAUGUUCUAUCUAUUUUUCGCAUUAUCCUUUCAAAUUUCCUUUGCAUUUUGGCGACGUACAAUAGCUAUCUUUCAUCUUGUCGUUAUUAUAUAUUCAAUGUUAGUUUUAAUUGUUAUUUAUAUUUAUCAGUUUCAAACAGUUUAUAAUUGGCUACGAAUAGAUGAAGUGUGGUUAUCGUCAUUAGGCUUAGAAGAUUUAAGCACAGAUAGGACAGAUGCAUUUGCUAGUAAAUUAUUGACACCAACUACAUUUCUUGUGGUGAAUAUUCUACAACUAUAUUAUUUUCAUUCGGGUUGGAUGGAUAUGAUAAAGAUAAAAAGUGACAAAAAUAUUCAAGGACUACCAACCGCUACAUUACAAGAAAUUCAUAAAUACGCUAGAGAAAAUGUUCGAAAUACGGACUAUCGACGCACGGAAUCAAUAUUGAAAACAAAACCGACAAACUGGCAUGAAAGUUUAUACAAAUUAUAUUUUUAUCUAAAUCGAUAUUAUAAAAGGUUAACGUAUUAUGCAUGGAGAUUUGCUGAAAUACAUAUAUACAAAUUUGUUUUAUUUAUCAUGAUUCUCGUUGCUACAUUAAAUGUAUCAGCAUUUAACAUUGUUUUGGUCAUACUGGCAACGAUUGGCUUAGUUCUGUUUCGUAUACGAGCAUUAAUCAAUUUACUAACAAUGAUUGCUACUGGUCUAUAUAUUAUUAUCGCAAUGAUAUAUCAAUUAGCAAUUCUUUAUGUAUUUUUAACAUUAGUGUUAACAUUUGAUGGAAUAUCACGUUACCGUCAACGUCAUCGUCGUAUGGAACUAUCUGAAAAGUUUAACGUACAUUUAGUUGAAAACAAAUAUUCUAUUUUAUUUGAACCAUUUUGUAUCAAAAACACGGAAAAUAGCACAUACGAAUAUGAUAUUGUUAAUUAUAAACAAGCCGAUGAAGGAAUUGUACUAUUUUUACAAUAUCUUAUAAAUUUUUUCUUCUAUCGUUUUGGAUUAGAGAUCUGUUAUAUAACAACUGUUAUUGUUAUUGCUGUGAGAUUAGAUGUCGUGGCUAUUUUUUAUGCGAUAUGGCUUGGUUUAUUUCUAAUGUCAAGACGUCGAGCUCUAGUGAAAAUAUGGCCAAUCUAUUUAUUAUUUUUACUCAUUGUUUUUCCAGCACAGUACUUGUUUGUCGUUGGUGCACCACCUUUUCUUUGCUUACGAUACUGGUGGUCACAUGUAUCAUUUAAUGGUUGGCCAGAAUUAAAACGUUGGCUCUAUUUACCCGAUUAUGAGCAUCCACCAAGUGCUCGAUUACUAAUUGCUGAUUUUUUUCAAUUAUUUUUUGCUUGUCAACAAUGGCGUGUAUUUGAUUAUGAAAAUAAUGAAAAAGAUAAUGCGAUCAUCGAUGCUGGUGGUUCAAACAGUGAGAUUAUAUAUAAUAAAGAUUUAUACAUGAAUAAUCCUACAUGGGACUAUGUCGUAAAAAAACGACACUGGCUUGAUCAAUUCAAAUAUAUUGGAUUCAUGUACGGAUGUUGGAUAGUGUUAGCUAUUGCUUAUUUUGCUGGAACAACACGCAUUAGCCUAUUAGGUUUAGGUUAUUUAAUCGCUUGUGUCUAUUUUCUUUGGUAUGGACAAGAAUUUUUCACAAAACCAAUUCUUAGGUUACUAAAAAUGUGGAAUUAUUUAAUUUAUUAUUGUUUUGGUGUUAUUUUUAUUAAAGCUUGUCUGCAGGUGAUCGUUUGUACAUUUUUAUACAAAGCAAUUGCUUGUGGCUCUGCUUUUUUUUGUGCAUUUAUGGACUUAUUUGUUUCUUGUUUAAAACGAGAAUAUAUACCACAAAAGGAAAAUUGUAGUUCUAUUAUGGGUGAGGAAAAGCGAUCUACAUUAAUCGGCCGUGUGGUGACAGUACUGGUGACGCAAGUUUAUUCAUGUUCGGAUGGAUUUUGUUUAAUAUUUCUUCUAUUACAAAAACGAAUAUUCAGCAGCUAUUAUUGGGAACAUAUUGUGGUAGAAUUCCGUUCACAAGCAAAAUUUGCUAGUCAAGGAGCUGUUUUACUUAAUAAGAUAAAUCAAAAUCGAUUAGAUGAAGAUGGUAAACGUGAAGAUGAAACUGUCUCAAAAAUAAAACGUAGUAUCGACCGAAUUAAAGCACAACAAAAAAAAUUGAAUCAAACCGAUGGACAAAUGGAUGAAUUAACAGAUCAUUUUGAAGCGAUUCGUUCGGGCGAUUAUUACAUGUUUGACUAUGACGGAGAUGAUAUUUCCGAUGUUGAAAGUAAAGAUGAAGCUACAGUUGCUCAAGAACAAAUUCUGGAAGUAUUGACGUCGAACGAUACAAAAGAUUCUGAUUUGCAAAAAAUACCCGUAGAAGAGGAUUUACAGCGUCGACAACAGAUCACGACAACUACAUCUGUUCAAGAACAACAAGAAGUACCAAAAGAAUCUAGUAGUUCUGUAAUCAAAUCAAUAUUUGGUAAAAUCGCAAGUAUCGUAAUAAUUAUCAUCGAUUAUAUAAUUAAAUCAUUUAAUCAUCAUUCACGAGAUUAUCGUCAAGUAUCUAGCCAAUUAGUUGAAAUGAAAUUAAAAGAUAAAGUUGUUCAACAGACUAAUAUUGAGCAAGAUGAGCAACAACCACCAAUAACAACUGUACAACAAGGUUUGAUCAUUGAUUUGGAUCCAUUGCCUGAUGAUGAUAAUAAUACGACUAUUCGUACAAAUAUUCAAGAAAAGGUCUCUACUGCAAGUGACAAUGAUGUGUUAGCAAAUCGUUCUCGUUUUUAUCGUUUAUCAGAUUCUAUUUUCUAUAUGGUAAUGUCUCGUUCUGAACUGCUAUGUUAUACUGCAAUGGUCAUUAAUCAUUUAACUUCUGGUGCGUUAUUAUCAAUGCCUUUACCACUGUCUAUUUUUCUAUGGGCAAUGUUAUCGAAACGUCCAUCUCGAAAUUAUUGGAUUACGAUUUUAACUUAUACUGAAGUAAUGAUUGUUAUUAAAUAUAUAUUUCAAUUUCGAUUUUAUCCAUGGAAUAAACCAGGUGCUGAAGAACACGGACCAUUAUUUCUUGUGAAUAUUAUUGGUAUUGAUCGUAAAGGAGGUGCGGCAUCCGUUGCUGAUUUAUUUUUAUUAUUAUCAUUGUUUUUACAUCGAUCAAUAUUGAAACAAAUGGGUUUAUGGAAAGCUAAGCAUCGAUUACCGGAAUUACCGACAACAACAACAGUGACAGCUUUACAAAUAAUACCCAAUAGUUCUGAAGAUGUUGUUCAAAAUGUUGAGCCAGCAAUUAAAGAUGAACAAACAGUGAAAAAACAAUUCUCUUUGAUAGAGUCGAUCAAAAAAUUUUAUCGCCGUUUAAAACGAGAUUUAUUUGUGAAAGAUGUCUAUGCACCAAUGUUUUUCUGCGAUUUUUUAAAUAUGCUCGUGGUUAUUAUUUGGUAUAAUCAAUUUGGAGAACGUGCCGGUGCUAAUGUUGUUCAAACAAUUAAACAAAAUAAAGUUCCCUUUGCUUUUCUGGCUAUAUUACUAAUUCAAUUUAUUGUGAUUAUUAUUGAUCGUGCUCUUUAUAUUAGACGUAAUGCUCAAGGCAAAUUUAUCUUUCAAAUUAUUCAAAUUAUCGGCGUACAUAUAUGGCUAUUUUUCAUAUUGCCUGGCAUAACUGCAGUCAAAUUUCGUAAUAAUGGUGCAGCUCAAUUAUGGUAUUUCUUAAAAUGUAUUUAUUUUGGUUAUUCAUCGAUACAAGUACGAUUUGGUUAUCCAAAACGAAUUGCUGGAAAUUUUCUAAUGAAACGUUUCAAUUAUGUAAAUCAAAUAUUGUAUAGAGGAUAUUUACUGAUUCCAUUUUUACUUGAAUUACGAACAAUUAUGGAUUGGAUGUUUACAGAUACAGCCUUGGGUUUGUCAAGUUGGCUACAAUUACAAGAUAUUUAUUCAAAUAUGUAUCUAUUAAAAUGUUCAAGAUGGGCUGAUAAGAAAUAUCCGACACCUCGUGGUAAAACUCGUGCAAAAUUAACAAAAUAUGGCGUUGGUGGAUCGUUGUUAGUCCUGUUAAUCUUGCUCAUUUGGUUUCCACUAUUAUUCUUCUCCUUUACAUCCUCAUUUUAUCAAAGAAAUCCACCUGUUGAAGUGACAGUUGAAAUUAAAUUAGGAGGAUAUUUGGAUGCUGCCGCAUUUAUUCGGGAUUUUAAUCCUGAUGAUAUAACAUGUGUCAAUAUGUUGGCAAAAUCUACAGGAAUAUGGGAAAUAAGUCAGUCUAUACGGGAUAUUUUAAUUGAUGAUUUAAGUGAAAAUAAGUCUAUACCACAAUAUUCUAGAGCACCUCUAGGACAAGAUGAUGCGGAGGAUAUAACAGCUGAAGUGGCAAAUGAACAUACUGUCAAUAUCGGUCCAGGAGACGAAAAACUAAGACGAUCGUUAAUCGACAUAUUAAAUGGGACAACAGAAGCAAGAACAUCCAUGAAUAUAACAAUUCAUAAAUUAAUGCCUCGUUUUAUCCAUGUUAAACCAAAAGCAAAACCAGAAGAAAUUGAUUCGUUCGCCAAGAAAGUUUUCCCUUAUAAUUAUUAUGCAAAUAUAACGAUGGGAUUGAAAGCCACUCCAAAUAGUACCGAUGUGUGGUGGGAAAUGUUUGAAGAGCCAGAUGACCAGCCUCCACAACAAUUCAAUGCUUCGUGUAUGUAUUUUAGUAUUCACAUUAUCAUGAAGUGAAAAUUCACAAUUAUAAUAUUUUUUUAUCCACAUGCACUAAACGAAAAUUUUUCUGUAAAUCCUUGACUAAUCCCAAAAAUUCUGGGUGCCGUCUUUGAUGAGUUAGAAGAAAAAGAGAAGUAGUUAGUGUCUAGUUCAUUAUUGACUAGACAAUUUUUUGUUCGGAAACUGACCAAUCUUUACUGGCACAUCGAUAACCCAAAGACUAGUAAAGAAAAAGGUAUACCGGCACUUGAGUGCCAACAUUUGGGCACGAACGACAUUUAGGUGCAACGACAGUUGAGAUUCAAAGACGCUGGUAAGGAUGUGGUUGAGAGUGAGUAUCGAUGAAGAUUAAACAAAAGGUGAUUACAGUUGGAUAUGAGUAAUAUAGAAAAAGCUCUCACACCGUACCGAGGUUGUUUGAAGAAAAUUUUAUCGUUAUGCAGCAUACUUUAACAAAUGCAUUCUUACUGAAUGCUUUUGUCGUACAUGCGCCCAAAUGUCUGGUAGUAAAAAAAACGACAACUACUAUCCAUCCCAAAAUACAGUGCCGGUGGGCAUUUUUUGAAUAACUUUUGACGGAAAUGAGAUAGAGACCUGCGAUUUUUGCUCUUCGAUAGCCAAGACUUGAGCAGAACUUUUCAUAAGAGGAAACAACUUUGGAAAAACUUUCAAAGAUCAGGUUUCCAGAGGAUCUUUGGAAAACCAGCUCCGUUCUCAGAAAACUACCAUAUAAUGUUAGUAAUUUUUUUGCAUGCGUAGAUAGUACGAAUGUUAUUCUACAAAAUUAUGCAAGUUCCGGCUCUCCUGCUAUCGUCGUUCGGACAGGACUCGCUUUCCCCGAGCACGUGUCUAUCUCCGAGCAGACAUCUCUGGGAAUGCCAUGGAGUAUAGGUAAUUCGACUAUGUUGAGCAUAGUGGCAACAUUUGUUUUUAUGUACAAAUGAAUAUAACUUCACCGGAGGCAUUUUAGUGAAAAACCGGUCUUGCGUCUGUUACUAGCAAAAAUUAAAAUUCUUAUGUCUCGGCCAAAUCUCAUACUGACUCAAGGAAAUUUUCAUGAAAAAAACUUAAAAGGUGCCAUAUAUUGUUGAUCACGCCGACAACGUGGUUCAGCAGAACACUGCUCUGAGGUUUUUCAGAAGGUUUCUGGAAAACCUUAAACCA